GCUGGUACAAGACCAUAAAGGCACACAUCAAACACAACUGAACUUCUAAUGAUAGAGCUCCUAACAUUGCUAUCCACAACGAAGUGUUUAGCUGGGCUACCUGCUAAACACUUUAUUCGUCUAUUCUAAUUGAACAUAAAGGUUUUGGUCAUAGCAACAGAGACAUUAUCGGAGGGGUGCUAAACUAAGCGUAGUCAGGUUGGCAAGCGACGCUAGAUACAUUUUUGUUUCGUUUUUGACAAGAAUAACUCUGCAGACAUGUCCUCAACUGGGAGAAAACAGUCAAAGAAAAACAAAAAUGUCGAAGACUCAUCUGACAUUAUAAAAUCGUUUGAUUUCACGUUUGAGGAAGGAAAGAAAGGACUGAGUUGUUCAGAGGAUGACACGCGAGAAGAGGAACCUCCUGUGGUUGACAGGUUGACCAAGAAACGGAUAUUUGAGGAGGAUGACCUUCACGUCGGAGUGGGGAACGAGGUACAAAGUAUGUUGGAGAGAUUUGGAGCUGAUAUAAGCAAAGCCAUGCAGGCCAAGAGGAAACGUUUGGAGACCUUCACCAAGACCUCACUAAAGGGCAGCAAUCAGAAACUGGAGCAGCUGUGGAACUCCCAGUUUACACAGAGGCAGAAGCUGACCCAUGAGUAUUCACAGCAGAUGUCCUCUGUGCUGCAACAGUGGGAGAUCGAUGCUCAGAAAUCAGAGGAUCAAGAGGAAAAGUUGAAUAACCUGUUUCGCCAGCAACAAAAGCUUUUUCAGCAGGCUAGAGUCGUGCAAAGUCAGAAACUAAAAACCAUCAAAGAGCUAUACGAGCAGUUCAUUAAGAACAUGGAAGAGAUGGAGAAGAGCCAUGAAACAUUCCUGAAGGGGGCACAGGUGGAGCUGAAGAAGGAGAUGGCCAUGUUGCAAAAAAAGAUCAUGAUGGACACACAACAGCAAGAGAUGGCUACUGUCCGCAAGUCUCUCCGGUCAAUGUUGUUCUGAGGAAGUGUAAUCUGUUUUUCUGUCAGCAAGAUUGUUUUUCAUUCUAAAUUUCACAAUCAUUUGAAACGGGAAAGGAAAGACAUGAAAUGUUGUCAAACCUUGUUUCUUUGUAUGUUCCUAUGCUGAAUUAAUUCAGUAACGUAUUGCUUAUAAGGAUAUUUAUUUGCCUACAAGUUCUCUGCCAAUUGUAUUCUUACCUGUAAUCUGUUGUUUGAAGUGACAUUUUACUGUGUUCAAGUUUACAGCUAUUUGCACUUUUUAAAUAAAUUAUUUGUAUUAA